GAGUUCUAAACUUUAAAAUGCGGAAGAUAGCCAAAUUAGAUUAAUUUUUGUGCUAUCUAAUAAUGGAUGCGGUAUGAUGUUGUUGUACAGUAUUCUACGCAUAAGGAUAAUAAUAUCUGAGAUCGUCGCCAUUUUUGUUUCCAAACAUACACUAAUAAUUUAUACCAAGGAAUUAUUUAAAUACAAUGAACAACAGACCUCAAAAAUAUAACAAAUUUUCAAGACAGCAAAUUGAUGCUCUUAAUUACUAUUUUGAGAAUGGCAUGAAAUCUACUCUGUGUUUUGAGCUGAUAAAAACAGCCGCCGAAGAAACGUUGUCUGUGGACAAGGUCAAGAAAUGGAUUGGUAACAAAGUUGCUUCUGUCAAAAGAAAAUGUCAAUCUAAUAAUUCAGAGUCACCCUUACCCUCAUGUAAUCCACCAAAAGUCCCCAAACCACCACCCAGAUUAUGGGGGUCACACGGAUAUAAUCUAUUUAGCUCCGAAUUUUUUAAAUCAGAUGAGGUAAAGGGGUUGUCUCACCUGAGUGAAAAAAAUAAAUUAACUUCUGUCAAAUGGAUUGGUCUUGAAGAAUCUGAGCAAAAUAAAUACAUACAGAAAGCUAAUGACAUGAAAAACAAGCCAAUGACAUUAGAUGAUGCUCAAAGAACAAAAUUGGUUGAUCAACAUAUGAAACUUUUAGCUGAGGAGCUCAGUUACUUGAAGUAUCUUGGUUGCCAGGCCAGCUGCUUACUGGUGAAUGGAAAAAAGAACUUUAUGUCCUUGGUUCAUCUGGAGGAAAAAGAUUUGUUCACAAUGAACCAGCAGUUUUGUGCAAGUUUCAAGCAAUGUUUGAUGUAGACCGAGAAAAACAGAAAUGGACUCAUGAAGAUGUAAGAAUGCUCUUUAACAAGAAGUAUAAACGUUUAGAGAUCGGAAAGAUCGAAUGUUCAAAGCCUCAAUCGUCGACCAGUAAAAGAUAAUUCAAACGAAGUUACAAUUCCAAACAAGAACAAUAUGCUUACCAAAUACAAAUCACUGCCAUCUUAAACAAGAGAUGGACUUGUCAGGAAUAAGAAAUCUGUCGUACAUUCAGCAAAUAAUUAAUGUGGUACAAAAGGAACUUGCUCAGUUUUUCAUUAAACAAUGGAACUCACGUUACAAAUCAACUGAUGGAGAAUGGGAUGAUACACACAACAGUGGUAACAAAUUGUACAAUUUGGAAUCAGGAAGAAAAACAGACCAAAAAACACGACAAAAAUAUCAGGAUGGAGACACCAGUAAGUGGGACUGUACGAUAUUAUUUGAUGCAAUAAUUUUUUCAAAUUCAAUUGGAAAGCAUCUUGAUAAAAAAACAAAGGAUAAUGUUGAUGCACUUCGUUGUGAAAGAAACAAAUACGCACAUUGGUAUGAAAGAGAAUGCUCAGAUGAUGAUUUUGAUGAAAUAGUCAAUAUCAUUGAAAAAUCAUUUCAAGAUUUGAAAUUUUCUCUCGAUGAAAUCAUUGAAAUAAAAAAUCAUCGAAACUGUUUUAAUUCAUUUCAAGUUCUUCCUUCAAAACCUAAUCAUUUUUUCGUUGAACGCAAUGAAUUACGAGAUCAAAUUAUAAAAGAUCUUGAAAAAUUAAGGAAUGACAACAAUGAUAAACUGACAUAUUUCUACAUCACUGGUAAUCCUGGCAGUGGUAAAUCUCAAUUUGCCAGACAGGUUUGUGAAAAAAUAUCGUGUGAUUGGAACAAUAAAACUUCAUUUGUAAUGACUCUUGAUGGAAAAAAUGAGGAAUCUCUUUUUAAAACUUACUCCGAACUUGGAUACGGUUUACACUGUGACAAGUAUAUGAUUAAAAAAUUUGAAAAUGAAAAUUGUUCCAUCACAGACAAAGUGAAGACAUUGCGAUCGAUGGUAUCCACACGAUUAAAAUUCUGGCAAAAUUGGUUGAUCAUUGUAGACAACGUGGUACAGCUCAGCAAAAUUUCUUCGUUACUUCCCCAAGUAGGUGAUCCCAUGUGGAUAAACGGACAAAUCAUAGUAACCAUCGAGAACACAGAUGCCGUACCUCAAGACGAUGAGUUCAACAAACAUAUUUCUAUCAGAAGUGGAAUGAAUGAUAGGGAAUGUUUUCAACUGUUGAAGCAUUACACUAAAAAUGAAUAUGCUGAUGAUCAAAUGUUGAAUGAAGUAUCACAUGCAUUAGAUCGUCAACCGCUGGCUUUGACUGCUGCUGGUUAUUAUGUCAGUCGUGUAAACAAAGCAAACUGCUCAUUUCCUUGGAGUCAAUAUUUAAAAAAAAUAUCUUCAGAAGAAGAAGCAAACUCGGACUCCACUUUUGUUAAAUUUCACUCGGAGUAUCCAAGAAGUAUGUUACAAGCUUCACUUUUAGCUGUCAGACAAAAUGCUGAUGAAUCCUCAAUAUUGGCAACUGUUAUUAACUUUUUUUCCGUGAUAUCGUUUGAUCCUAUACCACGAGACAUUAUUAUUUUUUAUGUUCAACAACUUGAUCCCAAACACUCAAAGGAAGAUAUAUGUCUUUGCUUAAAGGACUGUUCAUUGUUCUUGCAUUCAGAAAAUAAUGACAUUAGUCUUCAUCGCAUUGUUCACAAAGCAAUUACUGUUUAUCAAUCUGAACAUUCAAAUGAAGAACAUGAAAUAGAAAGUAACGUUGAUCAAAUAUCACAAGCACUUUACAUGUUUAAAGAGAGAGACGACGAAAGCAAAUUGAUGCCACAUCUUGAAAAAAUUUUUCAAUUGCUAAGGAUCAACAAGACAAAAAUCGACCUGAAUACUUUACAAGUUUUCCAAUAUUUUGUUGACAGAUUAAGACAUUUUGGAAAAUACGAUCUUGCUCUUGAAGUAUUGGAUAAAUUUAAAUCAGAAGAAUCUAGUUUUGACAAAGCUUGGUAUUUUAGUAUCUACGGUGUUUUAUACCAUGACACCGGGAAGUAUAGCAAAGCUAAAAAUCAUCAUGAAAAGGCUCUGGAAAUUCAAAAGCAAUCGUUAGGUCCAAAUCAUGUUGAUGUUGCUCGGUCUUUAAACAAUCUUGGU